AUUAUAAUCGUAAUUUCGAUAAUAGAAAUUCCGCGAUAGAUCGAAGUCCUUCGAUUUUAGAAUCGCAGAAAAAAUGUAAUUAGAGCAAGAGAUUUCUUAUUGACGUCAAACUCUGAAGAACAAAAAAUGGAGAUUGAUAAUUGCGAUUGAAAUUGAAAUCCGUUGAAAUUCAAAUCUGUAUUUUAAUUCAACGCUGAAUAAUUCAGGAGUAGGAGUUUGAUGAAAUUUUUUCAACCUCUAAAAAUGCGAAAUGAGAAAAUUCCAAGGGUCUGACAUUUGAUAUAUCAUCUUGUUUACCACCUGGUGGAUCAUAUUUCCGACUGGCGCAGGCGUGGGAGUGGUGGAUGCAUUGAGGUACCUCCAUCGAGGCCAGUUGGUGGUCUCACACCACUUGAGAUAUUCCCAUCAAGUACAUGUUCAUGUACACAACUUUGUCAAUCAAUAAUAGAGACCCGCCUCCGCACAUUCAUUCAUCCCUUGGUACUAUCACUCGUCAAUUUAUUUCAACAAUUAUUCAAGACUUCUGAGGUUUUUACUAAUUUUUCGGUGGCAGUUGUUUCUCAUGUGACGAUUUGUACACGAAGGACUGAGUGAUCUUGCGGAUUCUACGAGACGCGAGCCCUUCGUAAACAGCUGCUCUCAGAUAUUGUGAUAUAUACGAUUUUCUUUGGGAUAUCGAGGUUCUUGGAAAUGGCACAGGAAAGCUCCAGGAGUGUCGAUGAGAAGAGCUAUAUUUUGGAUGCCAGGAAAAAUUACGAAGAUGGCAACAGCCUGGGAACCGAUGACUCCUACGACGAUAUGAGACAGCUCGUAAGGGGGGAGGAGGAGGAUGAGUCGGGGAAAUUCUCCAGUCUGCCACUGGCGAGCUUUAAUUUCAUCAAUUCCAUCAUUGGGAGUGGAGUAAUUGGAAUCCCUUAUGCUCUACACCAGUCCGGAUUUGGAUUGGGGAUCGGUCUUCUGAUUGUCGUUGCUAUUCUCACGGAUUAUUCCUUGAUUCUCAUGGUCAGGAGUGGACAUUUAUGCGGGGAGAUGAGCUAUCAAGGACUCAUGAGAGCUAGCUUUGGAAGAGUUGGAUUUUACAUACUCACAACACUCCAGUUCAUUUAUCCAUUCAUUGCCAUGGUAUCGUACAACGUUGUUGUCGGCGAUACAGUGACAAAAGUUAUAAUCCGUGUAUUCGGCCUGAGAGAGGAUAAUAUAUUCGGUAAACGCGAAGUUGUGAUUCUUCUGGCAACAAUGUGGAUAACAGUGCCACUUUGUUUAUACAGAAACGUAGCAAGACUAGCUAAAAUAUCGUUCCUCUCCCUCGUCUGCGUCGGCUUCAUUCUCCUCGCAAUAUUCAUCAGGAUGAGCACAAUGGCAGCACUAGUUCCAGAAUCCACCGAUAGCUGGAGAUUUGCAUCGAUAAGAGGUGUAAUUCCCUCGAUAGGAAUAAUGGCAUUUGCAUUCAUGUGUCACCACAACACAUUCCUCAUUUACGGCUCCAUCGAGCGUGCCACCCAGCAGAAGUGGGACGUAGUGACCCACUGGUCCCUCUUCACAUCAUUCAUCGUAGCCAGUGCUUUUGGUAUAGCUGGUUACGCCACAUUCACGUCACACGUCCAGGGAGACCUGAUGGAGAACUACUGCUGGGACGAUGAUCUCAUGAACUUCUCCAGAGUCAUGUUCAGUGGAACAAUCCUUCUGACUUUUCCCAUCGAGUGUUUCGUCACUCGUGAGGUGAUCCUUACAGCGAUAAAGGGAACGGACGAGACGGAGAAUCACGAUAUGUACAUCGCAGGUUCUGAUCGUCGAUAUUUACUCAUCACAAUGGGAAUAAUAACAGUGGCUUAUUUUAUCUCGAUGACCACUGAUUGUCUGGGGGUUGUUCUUGAGCUGAAUGGCAUACUGGCAGCAGUACCUCUGGCCUACAUCCUCCCAGCUCUUUGCUACCUGAAAUUGGAAAAUGGUGGACUGCUCUCGUCCCAGAAACUUCCUGCACUCGGGCUCUUCGUGGCGGGAAUUUUUGUUGCUGUUUCGGGACUCUUGUUGAUCAUUUUUAAUGACGACAGGGAUGAGUCCUGCAAGCAUGGACAGAUUAUGAGCUAUUGCUUGAGCAAUUCCACAGUAUCUACCACCACUUCGUCAUCAGAAAUUACUACCACUGUUAAACGAUUGAUUGCAACAACUGCGAGAACCAUUUCUAGCUCUAUUGGUGUCACUCAGGGUUUUGAAACCACCACCAUUUAUUCUGCUGUCACUGGGAGCAAUGCCACUGAUGCUGCCUUCACCGGAUAAUUCUUCAGGGUUCAGGGAACGGUCAGUGAUUUUUUUGCGCGAAAAUUAAUUUUUUCCGGCUGAAAUUAAUGCAGAAAAUCAUUUAGGAAAAAUUACUUUCUAGGGAUUUAAUUGUAUAAUAUUCUAUUUAAUUUGAAUUAUGUAAAAGGUUUUGGGGGAUUUAUAUUCGAGUUUUUUUUGGAAAUUCUUUCGAGGAUUUUUAUUUAAAACUGUUGUUCUGUUGACAAAUAUUCAACAGAGGAAAAGUUUUUCAUCUUCAUUUUUCUACGAAAAUUGUCUAUUUUGUAUUCUUUUUGCACUGUUUUUUAUAAUAAUUUUCUAAAAACACUUUAGUCGAAACUUUUAGGAGAACUAUUUUUUUAGUAACAAAUAGUUUCUUGGUUUGUGAUUGUUGUUCAUUUUUCCAGUGGAGAUUCGAUGGAUUUUCUGUUAAUUGUUGAGUUUUCAAUAUUUUCAAUAAUUUAUAGCGAUUCAUUAAUGAGAUUUGAUAAAUAUUGAAUACCAAUUAUUUAUUUUGAAGCAAUAAUGCUUUUUCUGUUUGAAGUUUUCUACAGGCAUCUAAUCUGGAACAUUAAUCUCGCCAGAAUAAUUCAAUUACGAUUAGAGUAAUGAGCAACAGGGGCUGGUAUAAUUACCAGUUUACAACAAAUGACGAUCUAAAGAAAGUUGUGAAUAUUAUUGAUAAUUAUUCAUUUAGUCUGCAGAGCUGAAGGUGCACAAAGCAAUCAAUAACAUUUAUUCCGAUUGUUUUGUAAUCUAUCAAUUUUCUUAAGAUUUUUAUUUACAUUUUUCCCGAGCUCUCUGUGUUGACAAUAUUUUUUAUUAUAAACAUUAUAAAUAUUAUUUCUUAAUUUUUCUUCAAUUUGAUCAAGAGAAAGAGAUUUUACGAGGAGAAAUAGAAGUGUAAAUAUUGUUUUGUGAAUUUAUUAUAUUAUAUUAAUAUUGCUAUAGCAUAAUAAAUAAUGGUCGAAGGCUCGAGAACAAUAAGGGCGGGAGUCCGAAAAGGGAAUUCCAUCGGGAAUUCGUUGAUUUCGAGCCUUUGACACCCGAUAUUAUUUAUUUAAGAAAAAUCAAAGUACUUAGAUGCCAAAUGAUAAAUGAGAAUAUUCGAGACACUCGAAAGGGGACGACAACUCAAUUACAGCUAGCGCUUGAUAUUUUAUAGAUAAAAAAAUGUGUUUUGAGAAAAAUUUUCGAUAAUUUUAACAUUCGCAAGACCCUCGGUUUAUUUAUUAUUAAAUUACGAGUGGUUUUCUCGUGGUUAACUCGACCAUUUCUCACUCUGUGAUAGAUUACGUUCCAAUCAAAAGAUGAUAAAAGAUGAUACUGAUAAUUAAUGCAAGCUAAUUAACUAAUUGAAAUUCACUCCAAAACACCAGGGACGCAUGAACGAAAGUCUAAUGGUUAAAUAUCGAUAUGAUAUACUAUAAAUAUGUAAUAAUGUAUAAAUUAUAUUAAUGUUCAGUCAUAUUGCAUUUGUUCAUGUUUAUGGGUGGAGCAAUAAAUUCUACGUGGUUGAAUAAUAAAUGAAAA